CUGAAGAGGGGUGAAGAGGGGUUCCCUUCCCGUCCAUCUCUGUAGCCUUUAGAUUUAUUUUCUCUUUACGAACUCUCUCGCUCUCUCUCCACCCCGUCGGAACUCUCUCCUUUCCCUUCUUUGCCUCACUUUCUCGCGUAUUCUCGGCGAUUUUCCUUCCCGCCAAACACUCCCAAUCUCCCUCCCGCCCGCUUCGAAUCCCCCAGAUCGCCUGAGCUUCUCUUUAUAUCGAACCGAUCUCUUCUCACACCUCCACUGAGGCAUCUAGUGCUCUGGUGGAUUUGAAGUUUCUGUGUGAAUAGAUGCCAAUUGCUAAACUUAAGGCCUCAAACACUCUGGAUGCUAUGAAAUCAGAGGAGGGAAACGAUUCCCUUGACACUAUCAUCAGACAAGUUGCAAAAGAGCCUUCCAUUUCUUUCUCCAGGGCUGGGGAUAGUCCGGUCCCGUGGAUUCAACUACUUCAUGCCUUAGAUCAACAAGAACUUCCAGGUUGGCCCUUGCACUCGCCCAUUAAAGUGCAGUUGCAAAAAUGUGACAAAUGUCCCCGCGAGUUUUGUUCAUCCAUCAACUACAGAAGACACAUACGUGUGCACCAUCGCUUGAAAAAGCUUGAUAAGGAUUCUUCUAAAAAUAGGGAGCUUCUAGGGGCAUUUUGGGAUAAGCUAUCGCCAGAAGAGGCAAAAGAAGCUACAUCAUUCAAGAAUGUAACUUUGGAGGAAGUUCCAGGGUCUUCAAUCAUAAAGGCAUUGACGACACAUAUUCGGAAACCAGGAUUUUCUUCAAUGCCCCACAUUUAUUUGAAGGCUGGUUCUGCCCUUUUGGAUAUUGUCCAAGCUAGACCUUCCAGGUUUCCCAUUUCUUCCCAGGAGUUAUUUUCUAUCCUUGAUGAUGCAAGUGAAAAGACGUUCUUAUCUGGGACAGCCAUAUCAAUGCAAAGAUAUAUUUUUGAUGGGGAAGCUGGGAAGGUUGGCCUUGAAUCAAAGAACUUAGUUGCUUGUACAAGCUUCUUGGUGGAACAAAAAUUGGUGAAAGCCUGGCAUGCUGACAAGGAUGCUGAAGCUUUGAGGUUACAGAAGUUGCUAGUGGAGGAAGAAGAAGCUGCUCAGAGAAGGCAAGCAGAGCUCAUGGAAAGGAAAAGGCAGAAGAAGCUUAGGCAGAAAGAACAAAAGGCAAAGGAUCAAAGACAUGGGGUUCAAGUCGAUGUUAAAGAGAACAUUGACGAAACACUGGAGGCUGAGCCACUGGUAGAAACAUCUAGUCCUUCAGCAACAUUUGAUUCUGACACGACCAGUUCAGAUGUGCAGGCUCAUGAUAGCUUAUCUCUCGAAGCAUUCCAACUUUCAACUGCUGAUGAAAAUGUGGAUCCCGAAUCUCAGACUGAAUUUAUCCAUGGACAUACUGAUUCGGUGAGUGGUCCAAAUGUUGAACGGCGAAUGGUGCAAGGAAGUGGUUGUCGGCGUGCAGUUGUUGCCCGAUGGCAGGUGUUGUCAAAAUCACAGCGGGGUGUGCCUAAUGGAUUUCAUGGAGGUCAGAGCUCUCAAACAUCGAAGCUUUCAUCCGUACAAAAUCAUGGUAACCACAGGGAUUCAAGGACUGCUUCUAGUGGCAAUAAAGUCUGGAGUCGAAAGCCUAAACCAGAAUAUAAUGGGGGAAGCUUGAAAGCUGGAGUACAGAAGGAAGCAACUGAACCAGAUCAAAUUAAGAACCAAGAGGUUUUGAUUGGUUCCAUAUCGGUCAAUCUUGGAAAUUGUUCCCAAGAAAGUGAUAAUCUGGCCGGAGUUGAUGAUGAUUGCCUUUUGGAGCAUCAAAUUCCAAAGAACAAUGCUCACGAUAAAACCAAUAAACCUGAUUUGGUACAUAGUGGCACAAAUCGGUCAACAGUGAAGCUUUGGAGGCCUGUGAGCCGGCAUGGAACAAAGGGUCCUAUGGCAAUUCAGAAUGGCAACAGAGCAUCUGAAAUUGACGUGGUAGCUGAAAAGGGCAACAGUCAAAACCCUUCCAGUGAAAAUUGUCCAAGAUCGGGUGUCAUGGAUGGCGGUAAAGAUGGAAAUGGGAAUGGCUCUACUCACCUGGAUGAAACUGGAAGCUUGAGGUUCUCUUGCCGUGCAGCAAAAGAUUUUCUUGCACAGAGGUGGAAGGAAGCUAUUGCGGCAGACCAUGUAGAAUUGGUUCUAUUACAAGACUCUGAGCCUCCCAGGUGCCCAGACAAUCAAAAUGACGGCGAAGUAGAAUCUAGUCAUUCAUUGAAGUUUAAACGCAGCAUUCUUGGCAAUGCAGAAAACCGGCUUGUAAAUGUAGAGGGACUUGAGGUUCCAACUGCUGGAGCUGCUAAAGUCAAGUACAGGACGAAGCCUGAAAAGGGUUUGAAGAUAAAAUACAUUCCCAAACAGAGCACAGUUACCUAGCGAUAGAGGGGAAAGGGAUGGUUUUUGUUUUUGUUUUUUUUUUGGUUAUACGAUGUGCACAGUUUAGCCCAGUCAUUAUAUUCUUAGCAGAGGGUUCCAGUUUUACCAGUGGUCUUCUGUCAGAAAAUUGAAGAAAAGUUUUGGAAGAUGAGUUUUAUAGUUCUGCCUUUUUUUUUCUUUUGUUGUCACAGCAGAUUGAUUUAGUGAGAUUUUGAGAUUUUCUUCUUUGUUUCUUUUCUUGCUUAAUUGUCAAAAUUUUAUGUAAUAAAAUUUGAUUUUUUUAGUGUGAACCGUCCUUAUUUAUUUUUGUUGCCAUAUAUUCUUUGUACCGUCGGCAAUGAGACCGACAGACUGAAUUAGUCAAUUUC